AUGCAACCAACCAAAAACGCCUCAGUUGGGGACGUGUUCCGCGUAACCCCAUCACCAUUCGAGCCCAAAACGUCACCAGAAAUGGGACAUUUUAUUCGGGAAGCAAGAAAGCUGACGCGUAACAAUACGUUUAUUGGCCUGGAAGCUGCCAAGGGCGACGGUAGCGAGCGUAUCCGUCUGAACCUGAAUGAAUCGUGGAAUCGUUGGAGCAGUGCCGAAAACUUAGCUGUCAAUCGAUCGGAACGGAGUGCACAUAACAGGGCGCGAGUAGCUCCGUUAAAAUUAGCACAAUUCACCAUUGGACCGGAACCCACCGAGGAUGACAACUCCGGAGCAAAGGAGAAACAACCGAACGAUCGUCGUUGCAGCAUGAUUCCUUUGAUGUGUCAACCGGCGGGGCGUCCCAAAGUGUCACAUGCUCCAGCAGAGAGAGAAAAAAUGCGUAAAACACCUCCAAUUCCUCCGAAAGCACCAGCGAAACAUCAUGCCCACAUCAAAAUCUAUCGAACUGAGCGUUUGCAGGAGAAGAAAAUGGAUAUGGAGCAGCAGUUGGAAGAUAUAAGGGAAAAGUUUGCUGGCGCAGCACGCAACGGACAAAGGGAUAGUCAACAUAUUCGUGAAAUACUUGAGCUCUUAAAAAAGGAGGUGGACGAUUUGAAAUCUACCUGCGCAAAGCUAACGGAAGCUGUGCAGCAAUUAAAGAAUUCGGAUGAUUUAUUCCUGAAAAUGAAACAUGAAGGAGAAUUUUCGUUCUACUCCCGAUCAUAUGAAGUUUCCAAGAAAAUCCUGAGCAAUACUUUUCGCAGAAGAAAGAGCAAUUCUGCCCGUUCCACAAAUUUUGAACCGCACGCGGGAACCGGUGGUGAUCCCGGAGCUUCGAGCGAUACAGCAACCACCAGUCAGAGAGCGAUUGAGCAACCAGUCGUUUCAGACGGGGGUGAUGACCAUCAUCGUCAUGGUCGGCCCAGUAGUGCACCGGAACCGCCAAGGAAUGUAGUGACUUCGCUUUACUACGUGUCGGAAAUACAAUCUCUCGAGAUGGACGACGUUACGCAGGAAAGAAACGACCCUGGCAACCCAUCGUUUAAAACUACCGAACAAGAUUUGUUGACAAAGAAAAAGACCAAAAUGUCCAAAAUUGCUGGCUGGUUUAAAUCGGAUAAGCGCUAG